AUGUCACCUAAGAACGGUGACAUCGAACUGGACGUUGUGUCAACUGGAUCCACCGAUAAGCAAGAUGAUCUUGCUUUGGCGAGACUGGGUAAAAAGGCUGUAUUGAAGCGCCGUUUUGGCUUCUUGUCUAUCUUAGGGUUUAGCUGUACAGUUCUGAUCACAUGGGAAGCGUCAUUAGUCUUGUUCCUCGUCGGUUUCCAAAAUGGAGGUCCCGCUGGAGUCAUCUAUGGCUACAUUGUUGUAUGGGCCGGCACCGUGUCUGUUUUCAUAGUGCUCAGUGAGUUGGUAUCAAUGGCACCUACUUCUGGUGGCCAAUACCACUGGGUAUCUAUGCUCGCCCCUCAAAAUUCCAAGGUACUACUGAGCUAUGUUUCCGGGUGGCUCAGUCUUUGCGGCUGGCUAGCAUCUCUCGGCUCAGGCGCUUUCUUGACCGGUGGACUGAUCCAAGGUCUUAUCAUGCUAUGUCGACCCACGUCAUAUGUCCCUCAAAACUGGCACGUUACCCUCUUCUAUUGGGCUAUAAUAGCCUUUUGCAUCUUCAUUAAUGUGGGAGCCGGCUGGCUGUUGCCCAAGUUUGAAGGUUCACUGCUAUUCUUACAUAUCCUUGGCUUCUUUGCCAUUUUGAUCCCUCUCCUGGUAAUGGGCCCGCAGGGAGAUGCCAAGGAAAUUUUUACAACGUUUUUGAAUAUGGGAGGCUGGAAGAGUCAGGGAUUGAGCUUUUGUGUGGGCAUCAUGGGGAGCGUGUUUGCUUUCGUCGGUGGUGACGGUCCUAUCCAUCUCUCCGAAGAAAUCCAAAAUGCGCAGGUCGUCGUCCCCCGCUCAAUUAUGAUUGGUAUUGCUAUGAAUGGCACCCUCGGUUUCGGCAUGCUCCUCACUGUCCUCUUCCGUAUGGGCGAUCUUUCCUCCGUCCUCGCUGAAAACCCCGCGUUCCCAUUCAUGGCCAUCUUCCACCGCGCAGUGCAAUCGCGAUCUGGCGCUGCCGUAAUGGCUUCACUAGUCAUGGUUCUAACCAUCGGCGCAGGCGUUGGCCUCUCAGCUUCCACGUCUCGCAUCUGUUGGGCUUUUGCCAGAGACAAAGGGCUACCAGGUUGGAGAACAUUGAGCAAGGUCAGCUCCAGAACCCAAAUCCCCGUCUCCGCCGUUCUCUUCACAAACAUAACCGCCUGCCUCCUCGCCCUCAUCAACAUCGGCUCCACCACGGCCUUCAACGGCAUCAUCUCUGUCGCCAUCGCCGGCCUCUUCUCCUCGUACCUCCUUACUUGUAGCUUGCUACUCUACCGCCGCUGUACAGGCGGGAUCGUCUCGCAACCCGACCACUCUCAUGUACCCAGCACUACAAACCCCACCGCCAUACCUUCAUCGUCGAUCAGUCAAACCACAAGACCAUAUGCAGUAUGGGGUCCCUGGCGUCUCCCCGCCGCUCUUGGCAUCGCAAACAAUGCGUUUGCAUGUGCCUAUUUGUGUUUUGUGCUCUUCUUCAGUUUUUGGCCUAGCUUCGCGCAAGUCACAGUGCAGAAUAUGAAUUGGGCUGUGCUGGUCACGAGUGUGAUUGCGGGAAUGAGCAUUGUGUAUUAUGUGGUUUGGGCGAGGAAAGUGUACCGUGGGCCGGUGGUGGAGGUAGAUGUGGUAAGGGAGGGGAGUGCUGGUCUGAGGGGUGAUGAGGGGGUGUAA